UUUCCAACAGUCAAGUUAGAUUCUCCAAAAAUUCUAUCAAGUCUACUAUAAUAGAAAAAAGAAAAUGUAUUUCUUUAAAUCAUUUUUGUUAGUAGCGUUUCUUGUCAUUUCUAUCUCAUGGACAAGCGCACAACUAUCAGAAUACAAGAAGUUAACGAACGAUGAUUUUGGAAAAUUAUGUGAGAAAAAUAAUGUGGAUUUAAAAAAAUUAUACAAAGAAAGUAAAGUGGAAGAUUUAUUUUCUAAAAAUAUCGUUGCAAUUGAAAAUCCUGAAAAAAUUCAACACUGUCUGGGCAAUUCUCUUCAUGAAUUGCUUCAAAAUAAUAUGCAAGCAGCAAAAAAAUGCGUUCAAGGAAGUAUUAAAUUAGACGAUAAUAGUAUUAAACAACUUGUCGACGAAAGUGAAGAAAGAUUGUGUGCCCUCUUUAGACUCGCUUCCUAUGAGCUGUACCUUAAUGAUGUUAACAAAAAUUUAGAACUUGAUUCUAAUGCUUCAAAUAUUCAAGAAUGCAGUAACAUAAUGGACAAAAGACCAAUGGAAAACUUUAGGGAGUUUGAUAAUUUAGGAUUAUCCUAUUCCCCAGAAGGAGUCAAACUUUACGAAAAUAUUUUCAACUGUGUAUCACUUGGUAUCAAAAAAAGCAAUGAUAAAGAUCAAAAUGCCAAACGUGAAAGUCUAAUGAAAGAAUACAUUGCUACCCUAAAAGUAUCAACCUUGUAAAAUUCUCAAUUAUUAAAAAAUACGUGGAAAAAAAAUAAAUCAAAUAAAAAAUACAUGAUUUUGCAAAUAUUUUGAAAAUAAAUAAUUUUACGAAAGAAAAAGAAAUAAAAUUCUGACAAAAUCUCUAUUUUUAAUGUUUUUCUAUCAAUAAAAAAAAAUUGUAUACUCUGUCGAUAAAAAAUAUUUUUUAUAUUAGAAAAAUUACCAUUAAAAUUAUCUAAAAAAUCGAUCGACUUAGUUUAGACUCGACUAAACAAAAAUGUGAAUAUAAAAAAAGGAAAUUUGCGUAAAUUAAAAUCUCCGUCAAAUAAAUGGGGAAAAAAUAAAUACAAGAGAGCGAUUAAAAUUAAAAUUUUUAUAAUUCGAAUAGAACUGUUUAAUUUCGCAUCUGUUAAAAAUUACUGUAAAAUUUCUGUUUUUAUAUUAUUUUCUAAGACACUGAAUAAAAAUUGUUCUA